ACAAAAGCAAAACGAGGCCAUCAGUUGAACAAAGUCCGACUUGGAGUUCGGUUAAACCAUGGAGCAAUUCGAUCAGCUCCUGACUUGCUGUAUUUGUCUGGAUCGAUUUCGAACACCCAAGCUGCUACCAUGUCAGCACUCGUAUUGCAUGGAGCCUUGUAUGGAGGGCCUUGUGGAUUACGUGAAACGACAGGUGAAAUGCCCAGAAUGCCGUGCAGAGCACCGCAUCCCCUACGAUGGGAUCCAGCAAUUCCCCACCAACUACACACUUCAAAAGUUCUUGGAGCUCCAUUCAGAAAUCACAGGAGAGCUACCCGACUUAAAUGCUGACGCAGUCAUGUCCAGAUGCAACGUUUGCUCAGAAAAGGCCUACGUUUCCAAUUGCGCACAUUGUGACAAGAAAGUCUGUGAUGAGUGCAAAAACGCGCAUUGCGACGUUCUCAAGCGCGAGAUUUGCCGAAUUAACAAUCAAAUCAAGCGAGGCUGGCACCGUCUCGAAGAUUGUUUGGAACAAGUGGAGCGAAAUCAAACCUUGCUCACCCAGAACGCCAACUCAGUGCUCCUGGAGGUGGAUGAGAUCCAAAGACGCCUCGCCAACGCAAUCAAAGAGCGCACGGAUCAUCUCAAGAACAACGUCGAGAAAUAUCUGACCUCGGAGAUGAAAACCCUGAAGGACCUCAAGGUUAAUCUGGAGCUCGAGCUCACCAACAUUCAAUCGAAUUCGGACUUGAUGGAGAAACAUCUCGAGGAUGACACCAAGUGGGACGACAAUGAGCUCAUGGAUUGCAAGGAAAUCUUCUUGAAAAUGAUGGACUUCAUUCGCAACUUUGAUGCUGGAGCGGGGAGCGAGGAAUUCUCUCGACGAAUACGCUUAACCACGCAUGAUUGUGUGAGUGACUUGUCCAAAAAGAUUCUUGAACUGGGCGACCUGAAGCUUCACGAGACCAAGAUCGCUCCCCCGGAGGACGAUUUCUCCACCCGAAGCACAGGCUUGUCCAGAUCUAAGAGUGACCAUCGCUUGGUGGCCGAUUUUCGCCGUCGAGAAGAGGCUGGCGAGCGGUCUCCACCGAGCCGUCGUCGCUUUGGAGACACGCGAUAUUCACGGGAUGAGAACAAGAGUCGGACCAAUUUUGGGCGUUACAACUUGGCCGACGAUGACGAGGAUGAUGGUAGUCGGAAUCGGAACUCGGGCGGGCGAUUCCGUUCCAGGUUCCUGAGGAACGAUGACGACGAUGAUUUUGGAACCACAUCCACAUCAAGCACUCGGCGCACAGAAACCAAUGAGGAAGACAAGGCUGGCAAACGAAAUCGCGUUUUAGACACCGAGGACGCCUCAAGAGGACCCUUGAGUGGGUGCAUCAGACUGGCAGAUUCAUCCAGAAUCAUUCAAAGAUUGAAGGAAAUGGAAAUGGCGAAAAUACGCGCCAAGCGAAUCAAGGACAACCCCCCUCCCCCACCUCCACCCGUUCAAGUCAGACCCAAACCACCCUCUCAGCCACUGGCUACUCCAGCCCAGCCCCAAGAGGAUGAGAUCGAUAAGAUCAAGCGAGAAAACAAGGAGAAGGAGAAGAAGGAGGCCAAGUCCACCGCCACCGCCGUUGUGGACCCACCCGUGGCCGCUCCCGAACCCUUGGUCACCUUUGCUACCACCACUCAGCCUCCGCCCAUCGUUGCUCCUCAACGACCGAGUGUGAUUGCCCCCGUGAUUCCGGCGUUGCCUACAGUUGCUCCAACUAGCUCUAUUUUGAGUGAACCAGCAGCUACUUCCGAAGAGGUUAACGAUGAGGAAGAGUACGAAUAUUAUGAUGAUGAGGAAGAGGGUGAGGAGGAAGAAGAAGAGGACGAAGAGGAUGAUGAUGAAGACGAUGAAGUGGAAGAUGAGGAAGACGAAGCUGAUGAAAGCGAAGAGGAGGAGGAAGAGGAGGAAGAGAUCGAAGAGCCACCACCAGUGGCACCAACCCCAAGGCCAGUUAUUCCGCAACCCUCCGCUUCCGCCUAUCAAUCCAAUCCUGCACCCGUGGUUCCCACGUCUAAUCGGGCUUCCUUGGGCAGUGUUAUGGCUACACGAGCUUAUGACCGAUUCUCUCAUACCACAGACGAAUACACCCGUCCGAAUUAUCCCAUUGAAGACUCGACAACAGCUGGACGAAGAUCCAAACCUCGAGAAUCCUCCAGUAGUCUGGUGGAUCGGUAUUUGGCACAAUCUAGAGGACCAACAGCUUCCGGCAGUCAAAGCCCUUCUAUUGCAGCAGACUCGCAAUAUCCCAGUGGCCGAUCCCGGUAUGCGGCCUUGAGAGAUCGACAAAGCCGUUUGGCACGUAGCAAGAGCUCAGCCUUGGUUGGCUUGGAAAUUUCCGACGAGUCUGACGCCGACGAUGACCGAGACAACGAUCAAAGUCAUCUCACGCCCUUCACUUCCAAAUUUGGGGGUGAAUUAGCGCGAUCUCGUUCCAGUCAUAUGUUGAAAGGAGGCUCGGCCAGCGCCUCUUCUCAAGGGGCCUCAAAUGGUGCCACUGCCGCAGCCCCCCCCAAUAGUCAGACCAAAGGUGACGAUACCUUGAGCUCUUGGGCCAAAUACCUCAAGAGUAAAUAUGGCAAGAAAUCAGCCAAGGCUUCCAGUAGUGAGCCGUUAUCGCACUCAAUGGAUCGGGGAGCGGCAGCCAUGCACCCGCUGACCCUUUCCUCGCAAGCCAAUCAACAACGCCAAGACACACUACUCACAUUCGGAGGUCGAGGUGGUCAGACCGGCAUGUUCACUUGGCCUCGAGGUAUCGCCGUGGGGCCUGGUAACUCGAUUGUAGUGGCGGAUUCCUCCAACCACAGGGUCCAAGUCUUCAAAGAGAACGGCACUUACAGCUUCAGCUUUGGGAGCUACGGCAAUGGGGAAGGUGAAUUUGAUUGCUUGGCGGGUGUGGCGGUCAAUCGAAUCGGUCAGUACAUCAUUGCGGAUCGCUACAACCAUCGAAUCCAGAUCUUUGAUCCCAGUGGAACGUUCCUCCGCGCUUUCGGAAGCCAAGGAUCAAGUGAUGGGAAGUUUAGCUACCCUUGGGGGAUCACUACUGACGCCUUGGGCUUCAUCUACGUGUGUGAUAAGGAGAACCACCGCGUUCAGGUUUUCCAGUCAGACGGUACUUUCGUGGGCAAGUUUGGUUCCUUGGGCACCCAACCCGGCCAAUUUGAGCAUCCUCACUACAUCGCAGUGAGCAGCACCAACCGAGUCAUUGUCUCGGAUUCGAACAACCAUCGUAUCCAGAUCUUUGACAUCAGUGGGAAGAUCAUGACGACUUUUGGCACCGAAGGCACCAGUGUAGGGCAAUUCAAGUUUCCCAGGGGAGUUGCAGUGGACGACCAAGGAUUUAUUUACGUGGCAGAUAGUGGCAACAAUCGGAUCCAAAUCUUCAAUCCAGAUGGAACAUUUGUACGCCUAUUUGGCCGUUGGGGAUCGGGUGAAGCCGAAUUUAAAGGCUUGGAAGGAAUCGCAGUGAACCAGAAUGGCAACAUCUUAGUGGCUGAUCGCGAAAACCAUCGCGUCCAAUUGUUUUGAAGCCAUCAAGUUACAUUGAAUAGAAUAAAAUAGAAUGACAGUUUUAUAUUA